GUAGCUUUUUAUGUGUUGACAUUGUUAACCUUACUUUUCGGGAUCAGCACCACAGACCACAGGUUACUCUAAAAUUUUGAUUAAAUGUUUCAGUUCAUUAGGCCUCUCCAGUAUCAUCGUUUGAAAUUGUAUCUAAACAUUGAUCCAAGAUCUGAACAUGAUCUGAAAUCUAUUUUAAAAACAAUUAAAUUAAAGAAGAUUAUGUAAUUUGAAUCAUAGUCUUUCAAUCUACCAUGGAUGAAAUGAUCUUCAGAAUUGGGCAGCGACUGGAGAAUUUACAGAUCAAAACCCUCCUGGUCCUUGCAAGAGCUAAAGAAUCAAUAGUUAUACUUACUGAGAGGGGAAAUUUAAUUUUCUUGGAAUUGUGGAAUAACCCGACUUUUGUAGAUGCCAAAACGAAUAUGCAUUCAGGUGUAUUGAAACUGAUAUCAUCAGCGAAGGAGAUAAAACUCAAAAUAGUGUCAUUUGCCAAUCCUAGGCAAAUGUAUAUCGCUUUCAUUAAUGUUUUUGGGAAAAAAUGGACAACAAGAGACAUUUGUUUUGCAUGUUCCGGCCUAUUGAUAGGUGGAAUUAUAGGCCUCACUAUAGGAGUCAACUUACGAAAAAGGCAACCAGUAUUAAGAUAUAUGCAAGCUAUCCAGUGCAGUAACUAUCUAGGACCAGAGUCUGUAACCAUUGCAGAAGAUGCAUUUGCCCCUUACGAGUGUACCGAUUAUGACGUCUUGGUCAAUGUUAAAGCCGCCUCAGUACAGGUUAUUGAUUUGCAGAUUUGUAGUGGAUACGGAAGAACAUUGCGAAGAAUUUUGCAG